AUGGCCGCCAUCUUCCAGGCCUUCCCCCAGCUACGCACAGCUGCACCGCGACUCUCGAGGCGACUCUUUGUUUGCAGACCAUGUCUCAAUUCCUCGCCCAUGCGACCCGCCCUCUGCACUGCAUCACGAUCCUCCGCACCCAGGCCCUCCGUCCUGCAAUCGGUGAGAUGGAAGUCAACACAGCCGCUUCGGAGUAGCGCGACUCUGCAGGCUGCGAAUGCGGACAGCGCGGUUGUGACAGAGGCUGCGACUCGGGCAGAGAGCAAGUCGAGCAGCUUCCCCAAGACAUCCUCCAAGAGCGUGGCAUACUGGCUGCUAGGGAGCGCAGCAAGCGUCUUUGGCAUCGUCAUCUUUGGGGGUCUGACUCGUCUCACAGAGUCGGGGCUGAGCAUCACCGAAUGGCGUCCUGUCACUGGCUCUAUGCCUCCCAUGAACCAGGACGACUGGGAGAGCGAAUUCACAAAGUACAAGGCCUCGCCUGAAUUCGCCCUGCUCAACUCGAGCAUGACGCUCGAAGACUUUCAGCAAAUCUACUUCAUGGAAUGGGCGCAUCGGCUGUGGGGUCGUGUCAUUGGCAUCACCUUCCUUUUGCCCACAGCAUACUUCAUCGCUCGCAAGAGGGUGACGCCAUCAAUGGCUGGGAAACUCCUCGGGAUUUGCGGAAUGAUUGGCUUCCAGGGCGUCAUUGGCUGGUGGAUGGUCAAGAGCGGGCUCAAGGACGACCUCUUCGAGCCUGGUAGUCACCCCCGCGUGAGCCAGUAUCGCCUGACGGCUCACCUCGGCGCCGCAUUCGUCGUCUACUGCUCAAUGAUACUCACUGGCCUCUCUAUCCUCAAGGAACACCGCAUGCUCGCUAACCCCGCCAAGGCUGCUGAAACCAUCAAGGCUCUGCAGCACCCUGUUCUUCGCGUCUUCAGGGGCUCUGUCGUGGGCCUCACCCUCUUGGUCUUUACCACCGCCAUGUCAGGCGCCCUCGUCGCUGGCUUAGAUGCUGGCCUCAUUUACAACGAGUUUCCCUGGAUGGGUCUUGGCCUCACUCCGCCGAAGAAGGAGCUCUUUGAUCCUUUUUACAGCCACGUUCCAGAUAAUUCAGAUCUGUGGUGGCGCAACAUGCUCGAGAAUCCAUCACUUGUGCAGCUCGACCACCGCAUCCUUGCCACGACCACGUUCACGGCUAUCAUGUCUCUUUUCGCCUACACCCGCUUUUCAAAGGGUGUGCGAACCACGCUUCCAAAAGAUGCCAGAAAAGGCGUCUUUGGAAUGGUGCACCUUGCCUCUUUACAAGUCGCCCUCGGCAUCAGCACACUCAUCUACAUGGUCCCCACCUGGCUGGCUUCGGCACAUCAGGCUGGUGCCUUGGCCCUCCUAACCGGCGCUGUCGUUCUCUACAGCAGGAUAUCGAUGCCUCGACGCGCUAUCCUACGCCAAGUCAUGACACCGCACGCCCCUCGGGCCCACGCCACUCCACACAUCAAGUCUCGCCUGGAAGCGGCAAAGUUUACCCAGAACCUAUCGUAG